AUGGAUAAUCUCUGUUCUAUGUGCCGCCGUAUUUUUGACGGAACGAGCGAGGAGAUGUCGGCAGACUGCAAACGUCCCGACACGCCCUUCACAUUCUUGGUCACAGCAAAGCUGUAUUGUCAUCACAAUUGUAUCGAGGAUCUAAUAUCUGCAUCUGAUCAGGGUUGUCAACUAUGUCAUUACAUAUGGAGUAAAUUCUCCACAACAGAUCGAGAGAUGAUACAAGCUAGAAAACUUGGUGGCUUUGAAUUCGAAGACAUUUCGAAGCGCAGCCAGAAGGGACACCCUUUUCCGAAUCAUUCCGGUAUAUUAUUUGCGGGCACUAAUCUUGGAACAAUGCGCACCAUUUGGGAGCGGAAUUGGGGGAUCCAAUUUCGUCAUGGAUUCUACUUCGUUUUCACAAGCUUGAAGUUUGGGAACGAUGUACAGGUGGUUUCUUUCUCGAGUAUCAGUAGCCAAAUACAGAACCUUAGCCCUGGUACUGGCUCAACAGAAGCCCUUCAGCUAGCCAAAUCCUGGGUCACAGCCUGUUGUACUAACCACCACUUCUGCCAGCCUCGACAAGGGAGUCAGCAAUACGACGUGAAGCUUCCCACCAGACUCAUAUAUGUUCCUCCGUCUGAGAAGCAGCCUCUAAAGCUCUGUGAUACUAGCAUAUUACCACUGAACACACGUUAUAUGACGUUGAGUCACAGUUGUGGAAACAACAAAUUCACUACUCUCACAAGCCAUAACCUUCGGGCAUUUCUCGACGAAAUUCCAGUAGUCGAGUUGACUGUAACAUUUCGACAAGCUGACGAUGUUACAAGGUUCAUGGAUGUACAGUAUCUUCGGAUUGAUUCACUCUGCAUUAUACAAGACUCCAAUGAGGAUUGGCAGAAUGAAUCCGUGCUAAUGGGUUCUGUCUACUCAAAUAGCUAUUGCAACAUAGCUGCAGCAUACGCUUCGUCUUCUGAAGAGGGUCUCUUCAGCGCGGACAAUUUUAGGGCUUAUAUACCACUUCGAAUUGAGGUGAAAAGUAAUAACCCUUGGUACAUGCACGAAGGAGUCUAUGGAAGCACGGAGCAGCAAAUAUUGCAGGAAAGUGUGGAGGAGUCGCCUUUACUAGAGCGAGGAUGGGUCUUCCAAGAACGAGUCCUGGUCCCAAGAGUAUUGUAUUUUGCUUCCCAGCAGAUUUUCUUUGAAUGCGGUCAAACCUUUAACGGCGAGCUUCCACCGAAACACCUCAAACCGUUAUCUCUCCAAAACAUUUGGUCUGACAGAUUUCACAUUCCGCUCAAAGGAGCUGUUCACGCUAUGAUUCAAAAGAUUCGUGACAAGAGAAGGUCUGUCGGAGCUCUGAGACGAGACUCUAUGCAUUUGGAGGAGGGAGGAGCAGUCGAGCUGUGGAAGUUUCUCGUCAAAAAGUUCACAUCCUGCAAAUUAACCUACCAGUCUGACCGUCUCAUCGCAAUUUCUGCGCUUGCAUACCUCAUACAGCCACUUAUGGAAGGCAGUUAUGUCGCAGGACUAUGGGAAGAAAGCCUGAUACCACAACUCCUGUGGAGGGCUGGAACUACCCAGCCGAAGCCGAACAGCGAAGAGUACAUUGCACCUUCAUGGUCAUGGGCAUCAAAACCAGGGGAGUAUCUACUUUACCGACCUCAUCACCGACCCUGA